ACUUGGGUUCCGUUACUGUGUGCGAUUCGUCCGUGUGGGUUGCAGCCAGGCAAGUCUUUCUUACCAUCAUUUACGGUGGGGACAAGUGAACAACUCAGCCUUUAAUUUAUCCCUCGCCCGUGACGACUAGAUUAUUCAGGGAGAAAACAAGCGAGAAAGAAAGUAGUUCUUAAUAUAACACACAUCACCGACGUACGAGUCGAUUAGUCACAUCGAAGAAAGAAAUAAAAAAUAUUACUCAUUUCGAUUAACCUUUACAAAAAGUGGAAGGCUAAUGAAGUUGUAAAUAUAAAUCGUCUCAAUACCAAUCCAAAUUCACAUAGCGGACGAGUUGGCCUUUUAGAAAAUAAAAUAUUCUCAUAAUUUUUGCAGGAUUUUCUCCAACCGACGACUAUUUAUAUAUGCAACUGAGUUUUCCAUGAAAUAAAAUUUCCACUUUUUCAAAAUAACUGUACAUCGAGUGAAAACGUCUAAUAAAAAAUAAAAUAAUAAUUUAAACAUAAAAUGGCAUCAUACUCCGAAGUUCGUAAAGAUUACGCCAAAUUGGGUAAAAGCAAAACCUACGUUCCCUUUGAUGAUUCACAAUGGCCUUCGGCACAUUACGAAGAGGCGCUCGAGGUUUUGAGGGGACUUCCAAAAAUACAGAUUAAACACGGGUCGGAUCUGAAAGAAACCAACCAGACGUCGACCCAAUUCCAAAUAACUGAGGGUGACAAUGACGACAACGUCAUUUUAAUCGGGGUCCAAAAAAACGGGUGGGCGAUGCGAAAACCCGUCACAAUCUUAGACCUUGGUGGAAAGGAGAUUGUGAAGGUUGAAUUUGAAAAUAAAACGGGGGCUGGAAUCUUCAAGAGUCUCGUUCCUCCAAAGAGGGCCAUGAUUACUCUCCUCACCACGGGAAACCCCAUCGGCUCCGUCGUAACCAAGUCGAACUGGUUAACGAACGAUUUUGAGAUUUGUGACGAACAAGGAAAUGUUCAUUUUUUUAUUAAAUCGAAAGAAAAAAUAUUCAGUGCUUCGGAAUAUCCAGUCGCCACGCAGGAUGGGAGACUCGUGGGAAAAAUAAUUCGGAAGGGUAUCACCGGACUGGACUUCACGGUUGAGGCGUCUCCACAACUGGCACCAAUUAUCAAGGCCAUUUUCCUAGGAUUCGUGAUGCUACUGGACAUCAUUAUGAGAAGCAGAAACAGUUUGAGUCACGUUCAGACGGUGCAGAUGCAGUAAUCGAGAUCUAGAAGGAAAUGCUUCUCUGCUGCUAAAUAAGCACGAUCGAUUGGUUCUUAUCCUCUUCUUACCAUAAAAAACAUACAUAUGCUACCAUUUGCAAUGCAAUGCUUUCCAGGAAUGUAUAUCUUGAUAAGGAGGGAUUGAAUGAUAGGAACGACAUAUAUUUGUUAGAUACGACUACUACUCCGCUACUGCAGCAUAUUUAGUAUCAUACAGACAUACUUUUAAUAGCUUUUUUAAUUUAUUUAUCUACUUAUUAUAUAAAGAACGAAUUACAACUUCCAGAGGGACAAGAGAAAUAAUGAAAUAGUGUAUUAUUGCUGAUAGAAAUAGUAAAAACUAGUGCAAAUCUCCUAAAUCAGAAUGCUUGUAAAAUGAGGAUGAAAAGAAAGAUGGAUUGAAAUACAAGAAAUCAGUAAUCUUAGAUUACAUGAAUAUUAUCUAAAAAUGCAACUAAAAACGUAAAUGGAAUCAAAGUGUCUCAAAAAUCAACAUAUCAAAAUCUGUCAAACAUCUGUCAAACAUCUGUCAUUUCACUAGUCAGUCCUCGUAUGUAACGUAUGCAUGAAAAAUAUAUAGGUGCCCAAAGUUAACAUAUCAAAUCAACUGCCCAACGAAAAUACUAAUUGGAAAAAUGAAACAAACCAUAUCAAACAGAGACCUUAAAUAAGUAGAAUUAACGAAAAAUGAAAAAAUGAGUGAGUAGUCCAAUUAAUAAUGAAAUCAUCAUACUAAAUUUUACUACUUGAUAAGCUCUUCAGUGCUGCUAGAAAAUUGUGAGGCAAAUGAGUAACUAGUUUUUAAAAAGUUGUCAUAAAUGUGUAAACGAAAAGUGAAAUUUUAACAGAGAGAGACUGGCAAAUCAACGAUCAAUACAUGAAUAAAUCGCUUAAAAUGCUGAUUUUAACAAACAAACCAUAGGCCUUGCCUUUUCAAAUCUCACAUGAAAAAUAUCUAUGAAAAUAUUAUUGUUUAUAAUUGGUGCAAGCUUAUUGUUGUACAUACUUCAGUACGUACUCAUUCCUAAGCUGUAAAAAUGUAUUGUAUUGCGAUUGACCAAUAAAAAUAAAUUAGUGAUCAACAUAAUUUUUAGCCAUAAAAUACAAAAAACACGACUCAUUUCAUUAUAAUGAGUGAACAAAUGUGGAGUGCAACAAAUGAAGAAAUUGGCAAUACUGCGAAAAUCAUGCAAAUCCAACACACCGAUAAAUUAUGUAGUAUUUGAGGAGAUGGAUAUAUUUAAGGAGAGAAAGAGAAGCUAAUAAAGGUAGUAUUGACUCAA